GAACUUGGACGCUACGUUUCAAGGUCUAAAGCUAUGAUGUUUUAGUGGUGAUUACAAUGUCUUCUGUCAUCUUGCGGCUGAGGCAUCUCCGAGCUGUAUAUGGACGAAAUUUUAGUGUUUCUGAUGAAGAGUCCAGUGAAACUGUAGGAGUGACUUUCGCCCUAAGUUCCGUUAAUCAAGAUAACAUUGGAUACUACUACGUCAGUGAUGUUGCCUGUGAUCUCAAAAAUCCAGAAUGGGAUCCCGUUGAAAUUCAUAAUCUUCCUAAACAAUACUUAUCAUCCAAAGCCGUCUUGUUUACUUUUUUUCUAUCACAUAGAGAAAGCAACUCAAUUCUGUUUGAGAUUGUAGUACAUUUUUCCGGCCUCGUUCCUACAAACUCAGAAAUGCGUGAAAGUAUGUGUUUCUCUGACUCAACAGAUCAGGUUUACUUCCAAAUGGGAAGACACAUUUAUUCUUUCCGCAAACACUUCGACCCAGGCAUAAUCUGUCCUAAUCUGUGGCCUAAAGGUAAACCCCUUCCUGCCUCCAAGUUAUCUUACGACCUUACCACGCUUCAAAGGUUUUUAGCCAACAAGGAGGCUUCUAAGGUUCAGUUAGAACGUAUCAGAUACAUGCAAAAUCUUGCUGGUGGUUUGAAAUCUUCACUACAUAAUUUAUUUAGUCAAGGUGUAGCUACUGAAAGAUUAGCUAUUGCAAUGGACUCUGUCAAGCAACGCACGGAAACACUCAAAUACUCAAUAUCAUUAGCACGCAAUAAACUACACGCACUGGAGAGCAGAAAAGUUUCUCUAGAACAGGAAUUCCUAAACAUAAAUGGAAAUAAAGCAGCAAUCAAUAGCCGGUUGAAAGUUUUAAAACAAUCUUUAAACGAUGGAUAUAAUGACCUCAGCAAAACACGUUACGCACUGUUGACUCGUAUUCUUCAUUUAUUAAAUGAAGUUUAUGGUCUUUUUACCAAUGAUUUAAUAAAUCCAAUGUGCAACAUUGGUGAAGAAAUUAACUCAAACGGUAUUAUAAAUUCAGUAACAGCAAAGAAUGAUAAAUUCAUGGAUAAGUUUUCCAAUGAUUACGUUCAUAUAAAUGAGCAUUUUUCAGUUCCAUUUGAUGGCAUAGAAUUGUCUAAUGAUAAUAAUAAUAAUAAUCCAAUUCAUUAUAUAAACUAUGGAAUUGAAACAUUUACAUCGCCCACAUGCUUUGCUUAUACCAUGCAUUUGUUUACUUUGAUCACUGCAAUUCUUGACCAACCAAUAAUUUAUCCUAGAGAUUUUGUUGAAAUUUAUCCCAAGUUAAAACUGUUGGAUAUUUCCACUCGUGAUAUUUCUCAAUCAGAUCGUUGCCAAGCAAUUUGCAUACUAAAGCGUAACAUCAUGUCUUUGGGUUCAAGAUUUAAUUUAUAUCUGACGCCAGAAAAGCAUGCGUUGUAUAACUUGAAAUAUUUAUUUGAUCAUUUUCAGAACAGUAAGUGAAGUUAAUGUGACGUAACUGUUCUCAAUUUUUAUUUAAUCGAAAAUAUUACGGUUAAUUUCGUUUGGUGUUUCCGACCAAACGACUAAGUGAUGUGUCGAAAUCCCGGAACGAAAACAGUAGCUUUUUGUAAAAUACGGUAGUAUUAAUAAUGACAAUAUAAGAAAUAUAUUUACAAACCUCAGUACAUGAGGUUUCUAUGGUGCUUACCGCGUGCAUAUGCAUUCAGAGAUGAAGAGGUUCUUGGAAUAGCUGUAUGGGGAUUAUUUACCAAAAUAUACGAUAAUCUACUUGAUAGCCAGUAGUUUUGUCAAUACCACAGUGCAACCAACAAUCGAAACGAGUACUAAUAACACAAAAUACUAAAACUAUCAUGCCGUAACAAAUUUUUGAUGACUAAACAAGAGAUCGAAGUAACUGUCACAAUUGUAACAAUAAGUUGACUGAAAGUCACAAGUUUAUGUAACAUAUCCAUAAAUUCAACUCAACAACGAAGGGAUAUUAUGCUUCUUAUGUACAAAAUUGAUUGAAAAUGCCAUUAGCUUCUGAAUAUUAGUGAGUAACAUGAUGUGCUACACAAAACGAACCGGAUGAGAAGGAAAUAGAGGUAAAAGAUGCAAGUGGAAUUGACAAUUAAAAUGCAAUGUAACCUGCUUUUACUCGUACACUCUCAAGCCACUGUCUUCUGCCAUAACGACUAUGUUGAUUGCCACUAUUACUAAUUAUAACCGAGGUGACCGGACAAUUGACUUAUCAUCAAAUUUACACCGCAUAAGUUUUGAAAUAAUAUUACCGAGCGAUCAUGUAAAUGCAUAUUGGGGAGUUCAAACUAUUAUUAUUGUGAUCGACAAUUAAAUAAAACGACAUGAAACUGAUGGUCACUAGGCAAUCAGUCAGACUCCAUUCCUGUACCGUAUAACAUCAUCUUUAAUAUUAGUGAAUUAAAUGUUCACGAUUGUAUAAGAGUUUUAGAGAACAUUGAAAAUUCUAAUUUUUUGUCAUGAACCGACUUCAGUUGGAUGACCAGGAAGCAAUUGGAAGGUAUUUCGUUCGGGUAAGGGACUCGCCAGUAGUUUGUAUCCGCGAUCCCUCAGGGGUGCGAACCCGUGAUCGUCAAGGUUAGCAGCGAUCGCUUAAUGUUCAAACCACUGAGUUUCUACUUCGUAAUUUACAUCCAUAUUUUGAGAUAUUGCAUGGCCAUCACCCAUUCUCACUGGUGAUAUCUGUCUCACACCCGAUAUAGUUGUGAGUGGGGUGGGAGAUAAGAUAGAUACGGUCGAUGAGUCCCACAAUAGGACAAAAUAGUUGUUCCUUGUUUUCAUUGGUUGUUUAGAUAAAGCCAGUCCUUGGUAUAAAUCUGCAAAUAUCUAUACGAAUUUGCGCAUAACUCAAAGCAAAAAUAAUCCAUCUGUUACCACUUGAUCAGCGUCGUUAUUUCCUGGUGUGUAUGUGUAUUUGGAUUGCGAAAAUGCGUAGUGUUUUUGAUUUAGUAGAGUAGUUAAGAACAUCCAUGACUUAACUUAAUAUUACUCAUCUGAAAAUAAAUGACCAUAAACAAUCGAGGAAUAAAGUUAUAUAGUUCGUAAGCCCUGAAAUACUCUCAGCUCAUUUGUGUAUUAUAAAUUUCAGCAGUCAGUUUGUAUCCUGUUGUUAUAGUCAUAAUUAGCGUAAAUAUAGAUAUUAUUGACGUUAUGACAAUUGAAACAAAAUGGUAGAUGUUAACUAUCGAUUAAAGUCACGUUUUUCCAUCAGUGUUUCAUGUGAAACACAUAUUCUCAAGAGAUUUGUACAAGAUUGUAAAUACUACUGUUUGUCUAUUGAAAGACACCACCAAUUCAUAUUGUGAGAUUCGAUAUAAAUCUUAGAAAUCUAACCGCGGACGGUAUGUACAGAAGUCCAGCAGCAUUAACUAUUUUCCAGAAGUGGAAAAAUUUUACUUAAUUUGGUGCUUAUUGUUUUUUAAUCUGAUCUGAUGAUGAUUACAAAACUCUCAUUACUGUUUGAGGAACUCCUAAGCUUGCCAAUUUCGUGAUAUCUUCUAACUUAGUAUCCACGUGAUCUAAUCACCUAUACACAUUGUUUCAGAUAUAUAUUUAACCAAGGAAUAUUAAAAUGUUUGAAAUUCAAAAUCAUGUGCUAGUCACCACAAUCAAGACACAUUUAACACAUGAAAUAUACCUGGUUUACUAAUCUUAGUAUAUUGCUGAAUCAACAUAGAUUUAAACAAUAUUUAAUAUAAACAAUAAACCGUUACUUUGAUUAGAAUUUACAAUUAAAUCAAUGACUUAAAGGUUAAAUAAUCUAACUUCUAAUCAUUAAAAGCCAUGGGUUUGAAUGACUCUUCUCAGCCUACUAUGGUUUAAGUAGUCAGUUAAUUUAUUAACAAACAUAUACCAACAUGAUAUUGUCGGGUUUGUAUAGUUGUUUUGUUUUUCUUCAAAUAAAAUACAAUGUGGACUUCUUUUGAAUGACUGGUCAUAACAACAAUUUGAUUAUGGAUUGAUUGAUUAUGAAUAUGAUGAUUAUCUCAUUUUAUCUCAAUAUAUUUUGCACUUGUUAAAAUGCAUUAAAUAACGCAGAUAAUUAGUGACACUGUGUGUGUGUGUUCUAACAUGUAAAUUAUAAGAGCAAUUAAUGUGCAUAAAAAUAGUUUUAUCUAAUUAAAAAGUACAUAAUAUUUAUACUUAACAAAUCAAUAAUUAAGACUUGUGUUUACUCUGUAAAUAUAAGUACACAUAGUUAG